ACGCAACCAAAUAGCACCAAUUUUGCAAUUCACUUGUUGUCCUCAUCAACCUCUCCCUCCUCUCUUACAAAGCCCAUCCAAAACCAAAUCCUCACCAUUAAAAUUCACUCUCUCCUUUCAUCAUCAUCAUCACGCACAAACAAGACAACGAGAGUGAGAAUUGGAGUGUAGUGGAAUUGCAGAGACCAUUUCGAUGAUGGAAAUGGCUCAGGUUGGUGUGCGAACCAGAGCUCGUGCAGUGGCAUUGGCAGCGGCGGCUGCUGCUGCCUCUACUGGCACUGCAAGGAAAAGGAAAGUGAAUAAUCGAGAACUGAUGAUGUCUACAUCACAUAUUGAACUCAGGAGUACGUCCAGAAGACGGGUCAUAAUUACGCCUGAGAAAUCAGUUUCAGUUUCAGUUUCACCGGAAAUAAAUCCAGGUCACCGGACUUUAAUUCAAGACAGAUGCUCUAGCCCUAGCUCGCAUCACGCCUCAGCUUCUUGCUGCUCGAGUAAUGGAUCAAGUGAUCAUAGAAUUAAUAAAUUCGCAGAUCUGGAGGCUGAGAGCUUUGAAGUUGAAACGUCAGGGUAUUAUAGCUGUAGAGAAAGGAGAGAAACCACGCCGUCAAGCCAACUUCGAGCAGAAUCAUCAGACGAAAUGGAUUCGACAGCGAGACCAUCAUCGGCGGCUAAUUCUCGCUGCAGAUCAACGGCUGAGAGGAUGCCAACGGAGUCUGAGCUGGAUGAUUUCUUCACGGAAGCCGAGAAGAAUAUCCAAAAACAAUUUGCAGACAAGUAUAACUAUGAUAUCGUUAAGGACAAACCAUUGCAAGGACGGUACGAGUGGGUGCUAUUAAAGCAGUAAUGGAAACAAAAAAAAAAAAAAAAAAAGCCCCAACAAAAAAGUAGAAGAGAAACAGUUAAUGGCUUCUCAUCUCUGAUAAUUUUAUCAUCACUUUAGGGGUUUACACAGAGAAUGCUUCUUUCUGCAACGGAGAGGAAAGUUUCGAAAAUUGUAAAAUCCAUUUGGUGAAGACCAAACAGUUGAAUAACGAAAGUUAUUGUCUUUCUAUUCUUUUUUUUUUUUUACUUUAAUGUCGAUGCCUCUUUUCUCUCUCUCUCUCUCUCUCUCUCUCUCUCUCCCUCUCGAUUUUCUGCAUCUUUCUCUGCAAUUUUCUUCUGUUUGAUUCACUCUGUACCAUAUCAGAGUUUCGAUUUUAUCUGCAUUUGCUUCCUUUCUCUUCAUAGAGAAAAAACAGGAAUCUUUUUUGCUCGUCGUUUUCCUUUAAAAUCCUGUAUUUUUCUCUCUUUUGGAUUCUUUUGGAUAUCUCUUCAUUUAUUGAGUACUGGAAUUUUUCGUAAUAAAAAUCAGAAGGGGAAAAACAUCUGUUAGAGAGAGAGAGAGAGAGAUCGAGAGGUUGGUGAAGGUGGAAUUUGCUAGGCGCAGGAAUAGCAGGUGCGCGCACCAUGCCGUGCAAGGAACGUACACGUUUUGAUAAUUGGAAAGCUGAUCUUAUCCCCAUGCAUGUGAAACUGCUUUCAGGUUUUAACCAAUCGUUAUUUAACUUUUUGAGUUA